AUGGGCGAAAAGAAGAGAAAGCGUGGCCGAAAGCACAAGACCGCAACUGAUGAAGAAACCGCGUCCCAUGACUGCAGCCCCGUCUCCAAAAUCGACGCCAUUUCGCUUCCUGCCACCAUCACCGAAGCCGUCGAACCCAGCGACCCGGACCAGGGGCGACGCCGCGGCCGCUCCAAAAAGACAAAGGUUGAGUCGCCGGAGCGCCGCGGCUCUCGGCUGGCUGAGUCGAACGGGGAUUGUGCAGCAGCGGAGGAACCGCCGCUUAUGCCUAAGUGGGAGGGCUCGGUGAAGGUGGUUCCAUCGAUGGACGCGGUGGUGAAGGUCUUCUGCGUCCACACGGAGCCGAAUUUCUCGUUGCCGUGGCAGCGGAAGAGGCAGUAUAGCUCGAGUAGUAGCGGGUUCAUCGUGGGGGGACGGAGGGUUCUCACAAACGCGCAUUCCGUUGAGCAUCACACACAAGUCAAGCUCAAGAAACGUGGUUCUGAUACUAAAUAUCUGGCAACCGUCCUCGCCAUCGGGACCGAGUGCGAUAUCGUGUUUUGUUCUGUGUUUGUUGCAAACAAAUGCAACGUGGUUGAUGCAGUUGCAAUUGUGGGCUGUAUUGCAGCUGUGGAGACCUCUCAGGAUCCCAAAACGAUGUUGACGGUGAGUGAUGAUGAAUUCUGGGAGGGAGUUUCACCUGUGGAAUUUGGUGAUUUGCCUGCCCUGCAAGAUGCUGUAACUGUUGUUGGAUAUCCUAUUGGAGGUGACACAAUCUCUGUGACAAGUGGUGUUGUUUCACGCAUGGAAAUACUCUCUUAUGUUCAUGGUUCAACAGAGCUUCUGGGACUGCAGAUAGAUGCUGCGAUAAAUUCUGGCAAUUCUGGUGGACCUGCUCUCAAUGAUAAGGGAAAAUGUGUUGGGAUUGCAUUCCAGUCUCUUAAACAUGAAGAUGUGGAGAAUAUAGGGUAUGUGAUACCCACCCCAGUUAUCCUACAUUUUAUCCAAGAUUAUGAAAGGAAUGGGGCGUAUACAGGAUUUCCAAUUCUUGGAGUUGAGUGGCAGAAGAUGGAAAAUCCUGACUUGCGAAUGUCAAUGGGUUUGGGACCAGAUAAAAAAGGUGUACGUAUCAGAAGAAUUGAACCAACUGCUCCAGAAUCUCAUGUUCUAAAGCCAUCUGAUGUAAUUCUCAGUUUUGAUGGGGUCAAUAUUGCCAAUGAUGGAACAGAUAAAUUUGUAGUUCCUUUCAGGCAUGGGGAGCGAAUUGGUUUCAGUUACCUUGUCUCUCAGAAGUACACUGGGGAUAGAGCUCAAGUAAAGGUUCUCCGGAAUUCACAAAUACUUGAAUUUAACAUAAAACUUGCAACACAUAAGCGACUUGUUCCGGCACACAUCAAGGGCAGGCCUCCUUCAUACUACAUCAUUGCUGGAUUUGUUUUUACUGCUGUUUCUGUCCCCUAUCUUCGUUCUGAGUAUGGCAAAGAUUAUGAAUUUGAUGCACCGGUUAAGCUUUUGGACAAGCAUCUACAUUCUAUGGCCCAGUCUGUUGAUGAACAGCUUGUUGUUGUUUCUCAGGUUCUUGUGUCUGAUAUCAAUAUUGGGUAUGAGGAGAUAGUUAACACUCAGGUUCUUGCUUUCAAUGGUAAGCCUUUGAAGAAUCUGAAGAGCUUGGCCAGCAUGGUAGAGGGUUGUGAAGAUGAAUUUCUAAAGUUUGAUCUGGAAUACCAACAGAUAGUAGUGUUAAAGACCAGUACUGCAAAGGCUGCAACCUUAGACAUCCUCACCACACAUUGUAUACCUUCUGCAAUGUCUGAAGACCUGAAGACAUAA